CGGCUUCAGUCACAUCGCGGUGCUGCAGCCUCACUGAAUGUCGCACCAAAAAGGAAAAUGGACCCCGGUAAAAGAAACAGGACAGCUGAUGGGAACCAAUAAUACACCUGAGGACCGGAGCGUCUUGGAGAGCUUCCCACAGAGGAGAGCGCACAGAGGCUGACCCAGGACGCCUGAGCGUUUCCGGAGCUGUUUAUUGCCGCACAGCAAGGCGCACGCUGUCUUAAGAUAAAAGCCUCCUGAUCAACACCUAAAACUGCAUCGGAAUUUAAAGGACGUCCUUCAAGGGAUCCAACUGUCAGAGAAGAUUUAGAUUAUUACAUGAAAACUGCUCCUGACUGGGAAUGCGGAUGUAAACAACAGCUGGAAAUUUGCUCCCGCUCUACAAACUAGAAUGUCGACCCUCUGCCCUGCUGCUGCUGCAGGAAUCUGUGGACCGGGGAUUUUUGGAAAGGAUAUUUCUGAAGAGGAAAUACUUAAGAAUUUAUAGCUGCACUUUCACAAAAAUGUUUUUUGUGAUGAACAGCCAGUGGAUGACCCAGUCCGAGAGAGAGCUGGGACCCAGGCAAUUACCAUCUUCACCUUCUGUGUAAAAUCAAAAGCUUGAGCAGAAGCACAGCUUCUUCAACCCGUGGUUGUGAUGGGGUGAUUGUUGACAUCCCCAUUCGCCCAUCCUCCCUCUCUUACUGCAUUAGUGCCGCGAUUUAAAACAAUGGAUCAGAAUUUCUCAAUGGUAAGAGACAGCAAGCAGCUCACGCCAGAGAGAGACUCGUCUAAGCGUGUCCUCACAGGAUGCUUUCUUUCCCUGCUCAUCUUUACCACGCUGCUUGGCAACACCCUGGUGUGUGCUGCUGUUACCAAGUUCCGACACCUAAGGUCAAAGGUCACCAACUUCUUUGUAAUUUCGCUGGCCAUCUCAGACCUCCUGGUGGCUAUUUUGGUGAUGCCAUGGAAAGCGGCCACAGAGAUCAUGGGAUUUUGGCCAUUUGGGGCAUUUUGCAAUGUCUGGGUAGCAUUUGACAUUAUGUGUUCCACUGCCUCCAUCUUGAACCUGUGUGUCAUUAGUGUAGAUCGCUACUGGGCGAUCUCUAGUCCGUUCCGUUAUGAACGCAAAAUGACCCCUAAGGUGGCGUGCCUGAUGAUCAGUGUAGCAUGGACCUUGUCUGUACUCAUUUCUUUUAUUCCUGUUCAGCUAGACUGGCACAAAGCUGAGACCACCAGUUAUGCAGAGCUAAAUGGGACAUACCCCAGUGAUCUGCCUCCUGAUAACUGUGACUCUAGCCUUAAUAGGACUUAUGCUAUCUCCUCCUCUCUCAUCAGCUUUUAUAUCCCUGUAGCCAUCAUGCUCGUCACCUAUACCCGGAUCUACCGCAUUGCCCAGAAACAGAUUAGAAGAAUAUCUGCCCUGGAACGUGCAGCGGAGAGUGCCAAAAACCGACAUAGCAGUAUGGGGAACAACUCAAAUAUUGAGAGCGAGAGCUCAUUCAAAAUGUCUUUUAAACGAGAAACCAAAGUCUUAAAGACGCUCUCUGUCAUCAUGGGUGUGUUUGUAUGCUGCUGGUUGCCCUUCUUUAUCCUGAACUGCAUGGUUCCUUUUUGCGAACCAAACCUGCCAGAUGGGUCCACAGAGUUCUUCUGCAUCAGCUCCACAACUUUUGAUGUGUUUGUGUGGUUUGGCUGGGCAAACUCCUCCCUCAAUCCCAUCAUCUAUGCCUUCAACGCAGACUUCCGCAAGGCCUUCUCCAUCCUCCUUGGCUGCCAUCGGCUGUGCCCAGGGAGCAAUGCUAUUGAGAUCGUCAGCAUUAACAACAACAUGGCUGCCCAUGCGCCCAACCCUAACUCUCAGUAUCAGCCUAAGAGCCACAUCCCCAAGGAAGGGAACAACUCUGCAAGCUAUAUGAUUCCCCACAGCAUCCAGUGUCAGGAGGAUGAAUUACAAAGGAAAGAUGGAUGUGGAGGGGAGAUUGAGAUGGGGGCAAACAACACCCUGGCGAAACCAUCCCCAGCCAUUUCUGGGAAUUUAGACAGUGAUACUGAGGUCACACUGGAAAAGAUCAAUCCCAUCACACAGAACGGGCAACACAAAGCUUUGUCAAGUUAAAGACACCUUGUAAAGAUGGAUCAAAAUUCAAUGAGACAAAAGCUCACACAUGAGGAUAGUUUAACACACAAAAGGACAAGGAUCUCCAAGAAUAUGCCUGACAGAAAAAAAAAAAAAACAAAUGACAAGACUCCAGACUGUCAACAAAAAUCUACAUAGAUAACCUACAGAAUGUUCAAAUGUAAAGGCACUUUAUCUUGGGUAUAACUAUCUGCAAAAUAAUUUCAGUAUUUGUGGAUGAAAUCCUUAUAUUUGGUUCUAAAUGUUGUUUAUGUGUACA